AUGGGUUUAUCUUCUCUUCACGUCUGCAAUAUGGAUUCUUCUGCAGAUCACUGGUUGCAGGGCACAAUUCACGAUGAGUCAGGAAUGGAUUCAUCUUCACCAUUAUCUGGUGACAUGCUAACAUGUUCAAGGCCAAACCCCAUGAUAGAUCAAAGGAGGCUAAGACCACCACAUGACCUAUCUCUAAAAUGUCCAAGAUGUGAUUCAACUCACACCAAAUUCUGCUACUACAACAACUACAGUCUCUCUCAGCCAAGGUACUUCUGCAAGACUUGUAGAAGGUAUUGGACUAAAGGUGGAACCCUAAGAAACAUUCCUGUUGGUGGAGGUUGUAGAAAAAACAAGAAAGUUUCAUCCAAAAAACCUAAUGAUGUUCACCAUUUAGCUAAUAGUAAUAAUAUUCAAAAUCAUCAAAACCAACCACAACAAGGAUCUUCUUAUUCAUACCAUCAUCAUCACCACAACAACAACAACCCUAAAGAUCUUCAACUUUCUUUCCCUGAUGUGCAAUUCUCUCACCUUAGUAACUUACUUGGGAGUACUAGUUCAAAUGCAUUAGGAAACCCUAAUUUCAACGUCGGCAUGCUUGAGAAUCCUAGGCCUAUUGAUUUCAUGAUGGAGAGUAAACUAGAAGGCAUAAUUGGAAGUAGUUCUAGAAACUUUGAUAACUUUUUUGGAAACAAUGAUCACAUGAGUAUGAACAUGGGUGUUGGAGAUAUGAUGAAUGGACAAAAUCAAAAUGUGCUUCAAUUGCAACAGAAUUUUCAUUCUACAUUUGGUGGCAUGUCAUCAUUUGAUGGAAGCAACAACAAUGGAGGUUAUUUAAUGGAUUCUUGUCAAAGACUCAUGCUUCCAUAUGAUGCUCAUGAUGAGGAUCAUAGUGCUUCUUCAAUUGAUGUGAAACCAAACCCUAAAUUACUCUCACUUGAAUGGCAACAAGAUCAAGGUUGCUCUGAUGCUGGAUAUGGAUCAUGGAGUGGCAUGAUGAAUGGUUAUGGAUCUUCCACAACAAACCCUUUGAUCAACGGCUGA